UCUGCUUUACCAGUCAAGUCGUCUUCUUCUCUCUCUUAAUUUUUUUUUUUUGAACUGCACAAUUCACACAAACGCUUCGCAGUAGGGUUUUUAAGCUUUGGUAUUCUCUUCACAGAAUUCUUCAAGAAGAUAAACCCUAAAUUAAUCUAACACCAAACAAAGCGAGCACGAAGGGCUAACGUUUUUUCUCUUAAGAUUUCAGAAACCUAACAUAACUUCCCCAUUUUUUUCCUAUGCUGACCUGCUGAAUCCCUUGCUCCAAACCCUAAAAUCCCAUUCACAGAAUGACCCGUUUGAUGCAACUUCUGCAUACCCAUUUGUGCUAAAUUCAUCAAUCAUGCUCUUGCCAAUUAAACCCAGUUCAUUCAUUUAGGUGAGACAUGGAAGGGGACGAGCGUGGGCUUGUAUUGGCAUGUGCAAUUCCGGGUGCCCUUUUCGCGUUUUUUGGUUCUGCUUCGUUUUCUAUGCUGUGGGUGGUGAAUUGGCGGCCAUGGCGGUUGUACAGUUGGAUCUUUGCUAGAAAAUGGCCAGCCAUCUUACAAGGUCCUCAGCUGGGAGUGCUUUGUGGUUUUCUGUCCCUGUCAGCAUGGAUGGUUGUUAUAUCUCCAAUUAUGGUGCUUAUCACGUGGGGAUGCUGGUUGAUUAUAAUAUUGGGACGAGAUAUUAUCGGUCUCGCUGUAAUAAUGGCUGGCACUGCUCUCCUGUUGGUGUUCUAUUCAAUCAUGCUCUGGUGGAGAACACGGUGGCAAAACUCACGUGCGGUUGCAAUUCUUCUUCUUUUGGCAGUUUACCUACUCUGUGCGUAUGAACUGUGUGCGGUGUAUGUGACUUCUGGUAAAAAUGCUUCUGAAAGAUAUUCGCCUUCUGGGUUUUUUUUUGGAGUAUCUGCAAUUGCCUUGGCGAUCAACAUGCUAUUUAUUUGCCGAAUGGUCUUUAACGGGAAUGGUCUAGAUGUGGAUAAGUAUGUGUGGAGGGCAUACAAGCAUGCCUAUUCUAAAAGUAUAGAAAUGGGUCCUGUUGCUUGUUUACCAGAACCACCUGACCCCAAUGAAUUGUAUCCUCGACAUUCUCGUAGGGCUUCCCAUCUCGGAGUUCUGUACGUUGGCUCACUUGUGGUGCUUUUUGUUUACUCCAUCCUUUAUGGUUUGACAGCAAAAGAAGCACGUUGGCUUGGAGCCAUUACGUCAACUGCUGUUGUAAUUCUUGAUUGGAAUAUGAGGGCAUGUUUGUAUGGAUUUCAACUUCUUCAAAGUCGUUUUGCAGCACUUUUUGUUGCUGGCACAUCUUGGGUUUUCCUUAUUUGUUUUGGAGUGCGCUACUGGUAUUUCGGGCAUUGCAUUAGUUAUGCAGUUGUAGCAUCUGUGCUCUUGGGUGCUGCUGUUUCUCGUCAUCUAUCUGUUACAAACCCAUUAGCUGCAAGGAGAGACGCAUUACAAAGCACAGUGAUUCGCCUGAGAGAGGCUUUUCGCAGAAAGGAACAGAACAGUUCAUCUAGCUCAUCUGAAGGCUGUGGCUCAAGCAUGAAACGAAGCAGUAGUGCUGAUGGGGGCAACCUUGGUAAUAUUGUUGAAGGUAAUAGUCGAAGUACCAUGCAGUGUACUGUGGAUGUUAGCAACUGGAAUAAUGCUAUUUUUUGUCGAAAUGGAAGUUCUCACGAGGGAAUCAAUAGUGAUAAGAGCACAGAUAGCGGAAGGCCAAGUUUAGCAAUACGUAGUAGUUCUUGCCGUUCAGUUGUCCAAGAAUCCGAAUCUGGGAUGUCCUUUCCUGAUAAAAUCUUUGAGCAGAACAGCUCUUUGGUGGUUUGUCCUGGUACUGGUCUUGAUAGCCAAGGUGAGUCUAGCACUUCGACUUUGGCUAACCAGCAACUCUUAGAUUUAAAUCUGGACGGCACAGUUUUGAUGUGAACGCUGCGAGUUUGAAGUGUGCAAGGUAUAUAUAUAUAUUCCCUUAUGAGCAUCGAGUGCCAUGGUCCGGACUAGAAUACUGAUCAGUUAGAAUCGAGCUGUCGAUGAAAUGUGGAGGCUGCCUCGGCCAGCAUAGGUGAGGGUUCGUGGGGUGUGGUAAAUUGUACAUGGUAGGUAUUUAUAAGGAAUACAGAUCUGAUCAUGUAAAUCAAUAGGAUAACAAAAGAAAUAGAGAGAUAAUCACUAACACCCAAUACAGAGCUUUGUGGCCGGAAAAGGAGUUGUUUCGGCUACAGUUUUGAAGUGCUUGGUAGCUUGAACAACCCAUUCACUGUGUAUAAAACUAUAUAAAUGCUAAUCUUCUGCAAUAUAAUUUCAUUUUGGUAUUCAAUUUAGCAUU